AUGUCGCGUCGCCGAAACAAGCGUCCUCAUGCGCACGUCGCCGGUCCUCAUGUACAUGUCGACGACAUACUACCUCCUGCCGUAGCGAUCACUCAGGCCAUCUCAGUACCUCGAGAAGGUCGCGCUCGAUACUCAAGACCUAUCACACAUCGCACAGAAGCGUCUCCUGUCAAGAAGCGACUCCGCCUCGCUAGCCCGUCUCCACAACCCACAGCUGAGAGCGCGCCAGAGGCCGCAUCGACGAGUGCACAAGACGGCGAUGGAGCACGCGCCAGCGCAUCGAGCACCGGGCAAGGACGUAAAGUCAAGAACGGCGUCUCGAAGGUUCUGCAAGAGUGGAUGCCGCGAUUUCGAGGCAUACUCGAAGAUAUCAUGGCUGCUGAGGUCCCCGACGGGAUUGGACUGCCGUGCGCGUGUGGAAAGGAGACCGCGACGGUACGAUGCAGAGACUGCCUGCAAGCACCCCUCCAAUGUCGCUCAUGUCUCGUCGACUCGCACUCCCGCAACCCUUUGCAUUGGGCCGAGGCUUGGACCGGCUCCUUCCUGGAGAAGCAGGACUUGUGCGACCUCGGACUCGUGCUUCACCUCGGCCACUGCGGCGACCGGUGCAGGUAUCUACGAGCUAUUGCUACCCCUAUCAACUAUACCGUCACCCAUAGCAACGGCAUACACCGCGUUCAAAUCCACGAAUGUCACUGCCCCGGCGCGCGCGAUACUGUAUCGCAACUGCUACGCGCCGGCCUGUUUCCAGCGACGCUGGAGCGACCCGAAAGCGCGUUCACUUUCGACGUACUCAAGCAGUGGGAUCUCCACUUCCUGACAUCGAAGAAAGGCACUUACGACUUCUACGAAGCGUUGCGGCGGCUUACGGAUAACUCGGGCACGCGUAUUGUCAAGAAUCGAUAUCGUGAACUCAACAUCGCGGGGCGCAUCUGGCAGCAUCUCACGGCGGAGAAGAGAGCGGGUUUGCACCAUGGGGUGCGCGUUGGCAAUCAACGAGCAACCAUGACGGUGCCGUGCUUUGCUUGCCCUCGGCCGGACUUCAAUAUGCCGACACAUUGGAAGGACACACCGAAGGAUCUUGCGUAUAUUCACGCAUGCGAGCUCGGUGGCGACGGCAACCACGGCCUUCAGAAGAAACGCAAGCACAACGACCCAGACGACUUCAGCUUGUGUGAAGGGAAGGGCUACUUUGUCGACCCAGCAAAGAUGAAGACGUACCUCGAGGAGAUCGACUCAGAACCCGCGCCUGAAACAUGCAGUGGGUUCAAGGUUGGACGAGCCCAACGUCCGGGCAAGUUUCGCAAUCUCGAGGUUAGCGGCGUCGUGGCUGUCAUAUGCAUCCGUCACGGAUGCUUCCGCCCAGGCGCGAUGGUUGAUCUGCAGAAAGGGGAGCGAUAUGGACAUAUGGACUUUGCCCUGGCCGGCGCGCUCGAAGGCCUCGGCGAGCUCCUACACUUCAUCUUCACCUACGACGUCGUCUGUAUUUACCACGUCAAUCUGGAGAAACGCUUCGCGCAGCGUUUCCCACAUCUGGCGCCUCUCCUUAGCCGCAUGCAGAUGCUCUUGCCAAAGCUGCACAUGCUUGCGCACAAGGAGCUCUGCCAGAUCCUCUACGCCCUCUGCUACUCAUGGGGUGCGGGUCUCUCGCACGGCGAGAGUGUCGAGCAUCCUUGGGCGGAGCACAACCAAGUCGGCCUCAGCACGCGCGAGAUGAGUGUGGGCCAUCGUCACGACGCGCUCAACGCAAUUCACAACUACUGGAACUGGCGCAAGAUGGAAACCGCAGCCUCCUUUUUUGCGCGGAAGCUCAACGAGGCCUUCGCGUUGCAGGAAAGCAAGACGUCACUUUAUGAUGCGCUCACAAAGCUUGCAGGCAACAUCAGGAAAAACAGCCUUAAGUUAGAAGUGUUUUUCCUGAUGAAGAAGGUCGCUGAAUGGGAGAAGAUGGAGAGUGAGCUUGCUGCGUCUGCCACGAACACUAUGGGGAAGCCGGGCAAGCGUAAGGGCAAGGGGAAGGGGAGGAAGGGGAAGGGGAAGGGGAAGGGGAAGGAGAAGGGUGCUGGUACAGACCAUCAGUCUGUAUAUGUGCUGGACGAGAGCAAAGUACCGAGCGCAGGGAAGGCGUACGAAGACCUCAAGAAGCUGGAGAUCAACCCUAAAGACCAGUACGCCGCCGCCGCUGCAGACAAAGUCCCACAAGGGACGACAAACUUCUUCAUGAAGGCUCUUGACCUCGAAAAGCGACAGUAUGAGCUUCGUGCCAAACUCAAGAAGAACUCAGCACAGGACGACGAAGACCUGUCUGGAGCCGGCACCGAGCGACAUACACUAUACCGCGAAAUUGAAAAAUGGCGCGAUCUUCAAGGUUCGUUCAUGCCGAACAUCAACUUACCGGACAUCGAUGCAGAGGCUCUAGAAGACGACGACGACGACGAGGCGGCUGGUGGUUGCCCCGAAGAAGAACCCCUCGCGCUUCCCUCCGACUUCUCGCUGUCCGAGCGCAAGACGCUAGGCCUCGAAGUGUUAGCGGUGUUCGAACGGCGCAUCCGGCAUGGCCGUGCCUAUGAUCUCCUGGCCGCAGUGAAGGAGUCGCUCAAUCACCAAGGAGCAUUCCUCGAGGACAAACGCAAACAUGCACGCGGUCAGAAGGACAACACUCGCUCGCAAAAGCUAGUCACAAAUGCGACAGCACGCACACGCGCCCUCGCCGGUCUGUACAACUACAACCGCGACCGUCUGAUCGCAUUGAGCGACGGUACAACGCACGACAUCCUCUCAGCGAUCAACCUCGAAACUGACCUCAAGAGCAAGAACUGGCGGAAACCGCGUCAACAAGGAGACAGCCGUGAAGAAAAGGCCUGGAUCUGGACGGUUGUACCUCCCUGGACGACAGAUGCUGAGGCUCAGGCAUGGGAGCUCGAAGUCGACCGAGUGCAAUGGUUCCGCGCUCGGGAAGACAUGAAGCGAGUGAACGAGGAGAUCAACAAGCUCCAUGCCGAAUUCAAAAGGACAGUGCUUGGCUUCAAAAACAUGUCGAAGGCGUGGGAGAGCGUGUCCGUGAAGACAGAGCUUUCACCGGGCGCACGGGCAUAUGCGAAGAAGAAGGCUGCGAUGUUCAACAAGCUAAGUACUCAAUGCUCCGACGUAUUUGCAUCUACGAGACGGGAUGCCACCGAGAAGUGGGAUUAUGCUUCAACAUCGAUGGCAAGCACAGGACAGGAUGCAAAUGACGCGAAGGGCGGCGCCAAGGGCGGUGCGAAGGGCGGCGCCAAGGGCGGUGUGAAGGGCGGUGCGAAGGGCGAGGGCGACGGUCAGGGUAGCGCAAACGGGGAUGGUGAACAGGACGGCGAGGGCGAGGGCGAGGGCGAGCAGUAUGGCAACGGAGAGGUCGAACAGGACAACAAAGAGGUUGAGGUUGACGAUGGAGAGGUCGAGCAGGAUGACGAAGAGGUCGAGGUUGACGAUGGAGAGGUUGAGCAGGACAACGAAGAGGUCCAGGCGGACGACGCAGAGGUGCAGGACGGCGGCGACUAG